CCCAAAUCAGCUUUUUGACCGCUCUCUCGGGUACAUGUCCUGCACCCUCAGACCCUCUGUACAGUCGGGCGGAACAUUGACUCCAGUUUUGGUUCGGUCAUGGUUCUCGACUUGCGCCAUCCCGUGCUUCUUCCCUGACUCGGCCCGUCUGCCUGCUCCAAAUCGGUUGUAUCCAAUGCAUCGCUGCUCCCAUUACUGACCUGGUGCCUGUCUUUUAAGAAUCUAGCCUCGCUCCUCCCCUCCAAUCCAUCAUAUACCGGCCCAGCGGCCUCACUUCAUCAACGCCGCCCUCCCUCGACGCUCCACCCUAUCUUCAAUCUCGUCUUCACGCCCGUCUGAUCCCAAAUCCAACCGCGCCCUCCAGCCUCUCUGCCACUACACCAAGACUUUAGUCUCCGGAUCCUACUUACAAAAGCCACGACGGGUCACUUCGCCGAGCCUCCUCGAUCUUGCACUAUCUGUCUCUAAUUCAAUCCAGCCGCCGAUCAUGUCUGGAUACCCCGGCGCGGGUUACAAUGGAGGAGGCUACGUCCCGCCGCCUCAACCACAAUAUGGCGGCUACUACCCUCCCCAACCUGCCUAUAAUGCCUAUCAACAGCCGCCUCCUCAGCAGCAACAGUACAUGGUUUACCACCAGCCCUCGCCUGGCCCCCAGCAACACCAGCACUGGAAUGCACAGCAGCAGACGCCUGCACCACAGGGAUAUGGCAAUCCUCCAAACUCCCAUUACGGCAGACCCGAGGCGAACAUGCCAACGGUGAAUUCGAAUUCGUACGCGCACGGGAACCACCAAGCACCCCCGCCUCCUCCCCAGGCGCCUCAGCAAUUUGGAUAUGGCGCUCCAGCGGACUAUGCCUUUCGAUAUUCGCAGUGCAAUGGCCGACACAAAGCCUUGCUCAUCGGCAUAAACUACUUUGGUCAGCGGGGCCAGCUAAGAGGAUGCAUCAACGAUGUCAGGAACAUGUCAUCAUAUCUCGUCGAGCAUUUCAGGUACAAGCGCGAGGAUAUGGUGAUUCUCACCGAUGACCAGCAAAAUCCCAUGAGUCAGCCUACCAAGCAAAACAUCCUUAGGGCAAUGCACUGGUUGGUCAAGGAUGCUAGGCCCAACGACUCGUUAUUCUUCCACUACUCCGGGCAUGGAGGCCAAACCAAAGAUCUCGACGGCGACGAGGAAGAUGGGUACGACGAAGUUAUAUAUCCAGUCGAUUUCCGACAAGUGGGACACAUCACCGACGACGAAAUGCACCGCAUCAUGGUCCGACCGUUACAAGCCGGCGUUCGGCUGACCGCUAUCUUCGACUCAUGCCACUCGGGAACUGCGCUCGAUUUGCCCUAUAUUUACUCAACCCAGGGCAUUCUCAAGGAGCCCAACCUGGCCAAGGAAGCUGGCCAAGGUCUUCUUGGAGCCAUCUCAUCCUACAGCCAAGGCGACCUCUACGGCGUGGCGAACAACAUCAUGGGGAUUUUCAAAAAGGCUACCGGCGGUAACGAUGCCCAUGCAAGAACCUUGGCUACGAAGACGUCACCCGCCGAUGUUGUUAUGUUCUCCGGAAGCAAAGAUGACCAGACCUCAGCCGACGCCACAAUUGCUUCACAAGCCACAGGGGCUAUGUCCUGGGCCUUCAUCAACGCCCUCAAGAAGAACCCCCAGCAGAGCUAUGUCCAGCUGCUCAACAGCAUCCGAGACGAACUGCAAAUGCGUUACACACAGAAGCCUCAGCUGUCGUGUAGCCACCCUCUUGAUACGAAUCUCCUGUUCGUUAUGUGAAGCAAUCGAAAACAGUGUAUUCCAUCGAUUGGUCGCUAGGAACUCAUUUCUGUUCCACAGAAAGGCGAACUGAUUUGCGGUCGACUGGUCGACACGCCUGGGUAGGGUAUCACUAGGGGAAAAUGGCAACCGGCUUGUCAGGUCUUUCGCGGGGUGUUGGGCAUGAUCAGGACCUGAAGUGAAUGUUAAUGUGAGGGACGUUGGACCGAGGCUGUUGGUGUUUAUCUCGUCUGCCAUUUGAUUGGCAGGCCAGGGAUGAUAGGGCAAUUGAGUGGACUGUGUCUGGGUCUUUGUGCAUCUGGAAGGUCACCUUAUCUCUUCGAUUUGGACAUAGACACAGAUAACCACUUCCAGUCUUAUUGUGCAGUCAUGAAUAAUAGCGAAGAGCCGCUUCAGGCCUCAAGGUUUGUCUCUUCAUUGACACACAGUAUUGCAGGUUAGGGGGAGAAGGUAAGCCAACGA